GCUAGUGAUAUUUGUCAUUUUGUGUAGACAUAGGAUCAGAGUCGGAGAGUUGUUUAAUGGCUGCCUAAUCAUCAUAUAAGGACAAAAGUCAAAAACUUCAUCCUCAGAUGAAUCAUGCUGACCGAUCUUCGUAUCCAUUGUUUUACCUGGGAACCCGAUUCCCGUUUAUCCAUUGUUCCUUCCGGAUCGAACUAUAUCUCUGCUCGGAAUCACAGCGGCCGGCGGCGGCGGCGGGCAACCAGUGUUUUCCCGACAGCUUCUCUUUCCGGUCUCGGCUACUGGAUCCAUUCCGACGGCGGAGACAGUCGACCGUAGUAGUAGCUUGAGCCGCCGUCAAAUUUUCUCCCAGAAAGCACCUACUCGAUGUUCAACCAUGGCUGCCAACGCAUAUCCGUGUGUGUUGGACUAUGAUAAGGGCCAAAGGAAACGCACAGAGUUAAACGGAAAAUGGGGUUUUCAAGCCUGUUUCUGCUCUACAUUUUGCUCUUACUAUCACUGUGUUCUUGCUAUUACGGUGAUACCAUCUCCAUAAACAAACCCCUCAAAGAUGGAAGCCUGGUAAUUUCCAAAGGUGGUAAGUUUGCUCUUGGAUUUUUCAGCCCUGUGGGAGAUAAUGGGAAGUCCGGUUCCAGUUCCAGGUAUCUUGGAAUAUGGUACAACAAAGUGCCAAAGCAGACAGUCGUCUGGGUAGCAAAUCGCGACGAUCCAAUCAAGGAUUCAUCUGGGGAAGUUUCUGUUGACAAUUAUGGGAAUCUCAUUCUGUUCAGCAGCCAUUCCCCUGAGGUUCAACUCUGGUCCACAAAUGCUUCAAAGGAAGCAAUGCCAAUGGGUUUCAAUGCUUCUGCUGGUGCAGCAGCUCAGCUCUUUGAUUCAGGGAAUUUGGUGCUGUUUCGUGGCGGGAGAGGAAUGGUUUGGCAAAGCUUUGAUCAUCCUACUGAUACCAUUCUACAAGGGAUGAAGUUCGGGUUGAAUAGGACGUCAGGCGCAUUAUCAUCCUUAACAUCAUGGAGAUCAUCAGACGAUCCUGGUACUGGAGAUUACUCGUUGAAGCUCGAUCCAAGAGGUUCUCCUCAGCUCUUUCUUAUCAAGGGGACAACAAGAAGAGAACCUUACUGGAGAAGCGCACCAUGGCCAUGGAAGAAGUACCCUCAUGUCUACAACUACACCUUUGAGAACAAUGAAGCUGGGGUUAUGUUCUCAUACCAUACUUAUGACCCUUCAAUUACGAUCAGGAUAGUGCUUGAUGGGGUGGGAAUUCUGAAACCAAUGGCAUGGCACGAGAGAGAUGGAAAUGGAGAUUGGAGGGAGUUCUGGUCUGCUCCGAAGCUCAGGUGUGACUUGUAUGCUCAUUGUGGUGAGUAUGGUAGCUGUGAUCCUUUGAGGGUUAACACAUUUGAGUGCUCUUGUUUGCCUGGGUAUGAACCGAAGAACCCGAUGGAGUGGUCUCUGAGAGAUGGAUCUGAUGGGUGUGUGAGCAAACGGGUGAAUAGUUCCUCAACGUGCGGGGAGGGUGAUGGGUUUUUGAGACUAGAACAUGUCAAGCUCCCUGAUUCUUCUCAUGCUAUUUGGGUGGAUGUGUUGUUGAGUUCGAGCAUUGAUUUGGAAUGUGGGAAGAUAUGUUUGAGUAACUGUUCAUGUUCCGCAUACGCGAUCGUUAAUGCGAAUGAAGAGAAGAGGUUGUGUCUGCAAUGGCAUGGCGUGUUGGUGGACACCACAAACCGUGGAACAACUGAUGGAUAUGAUCUCUAUGUUCGAGUGGAUGCGGUUGAAUUGGCUGGACGGUCCACAGACCUCGAUGGCUUACCUAAGAGGAGGUCUAUGGUGGCCGUCAUGGGAGCUUCAGUUACUGCAGCAUGGUUUGUCAUUGUUUCAUUUUACUUGGUGCUGAGGAGGAAGAGACAAGUGAAGGAUAAAGCGAAUAGCAGAAGGUCUGACCAGUCAACUGAUGGUUCACUUGUGUACCGAGAGAGAAUGGGGAAUGAGCUUCCCAUCGGUAGUGGAAUGAGGACUUACCAUCAGGACCUUAGAUUUUUCAGUCUGAGCAGCAUAUCAGCAGCAACUGAUGACUUUUCUCCGGCUCACAAACUUGGUCAUGGUGGUUUUGGCGUAGUUUAUAAGGGUCAGUUACCUGAUGGCCAGGAGAUUGCAGUAAAAGUUUUAAGUAAGAAUUCAGGGCAAGGUACAGAAGAAUUCGAGAAUGAAGCCGAGUUGAUUGCAAAGCUUCAACACAGGAACCUUGUAAAACUGUUGGGAUGCUGCAUUGAGCAUCACCAACAAAUGCUGGUGUAUGAAUACUUGGCAAAUAGAAGCUUGGAUUCAGUUCUUUUUGACGAAACCAGGAAGGUGUCCUUGAAUUGGAACAAGCGAUACAACAUUAUGGUUGGCAUCGCCCGGGGCAUCUUGUAUCUUCACCAAGAUUCGAGGUUGCGAGUGAUCCAUAGGGACCUGAAAACCAGCAACAUUCUUUUGGAUGCUGACAUGAAUCCAAAAAUUUCAGAUUUUGGGACCGCAAGAAUGUUCAAAGGCGAUCUACUUGGAGAUCGGACACAUAGAAUCGUUGGAACGUAUGGAUACAUGUCACCUGAGUAUGCAGUGCUAGGACAUUUUUCGACAAAAUCCGAUGUGUUUAGCUUUGGGGUCGUGCUGCUGGAGAUCAUAAGUGGGAUCAGGAUCAAUGCGUUCUGUGAGGAGGAUCAACCCCAGAACUUGAUAGGACAUGUUUGGGAACUAUGGAAAGUAGACACGGAAAGAGUGAUGCAGGUAGUCGAUCCAUCGUUGGAGGAUGAGAAGGAGAAGCGUUUCGAAGACAUCUUGAGAUGCAUCCAAACUGCGCUCCUUUGUGUCCAAGAGAAAGCAGAUGAUAGACCAGACAUGUUGGCAGUACUUCUGAUGUUGAACGGCGAAAGAACACUGCCUUCCCCCAAGCAACCUGCUUUCAUUUUUAGAGAACAUCCAUUGAUGUCGAAACAAGAAGAGGAAGAGCAAUGUUCCAUCAAUCAGGUCACCAUUACAAUGUGUCUCUCUCGCUAGUUACUGCAUCGUUUGCUGAUCUCUACAUCACCAGUUUUUUUUUUAGUCAAUGAAUGUCCGGUGAUGAAUGGCUUCCAUUGUUCAUGGAGUCUAAUGUACAAGGUGGUUCUUUACUGGUAGUUUUAGCAUUUUUUAGGUUUAUGACUUCCACAAUUCAUGGUUCUAACGUAAAAAGAUGAUGCAUCUUUAAGUAGGUUUAGGACUUAUUAUACUCUUUUGGUGUCAAGUUAAUGGCGAUUGGUGAAGGCGACAAUUCAUGUGACUGGUCACUAAUUGUGAGCUUGGUAAUAAAAUG